CCACCCAUGCCUUCCCUCCUACAUAUCUAACUCCCUCCUCUCUCUCUCUCUCUCUCCCUCCUCUCAAACACUUGCAUUGCCAUAAUGAGAAGAACACCAGUCAUCCUCUUUAUGAUGCUUCUACUUUCGUGCUGGAGAAGCUUCGGUAUGUUGGACCCCGUAGACUUCCUGGCCCUGCAAUCCAUCCGCAAGUACCUCUCCGACGCCCCCGGCUCCACCUUCUUCGCCCGCUGGGACUUCACCGGCGACCCCUGCACCUUCCCGGGCGUCCUCUGCUCCCGCGACCGCGUCGUCGCCCUCGCCCUCGGCGACCCCCGCGCCGGCUCCCCCGGCCUCGCCGGCCGCCUCUCCCCCUCCCUCGGCCGCCUCUCCGCCCUCGCCGAGCUCUCCCUCGUCCCCGGCCGCGUCGCCGGCCCCAUCCCCACCUCCCUCUCCCUCUGCCGCUCCCUCCGCUUCCUCGCUCUCAGCCGAAACUUCCUCUCCGGCUCCGUUCCCCCCUCCCUCGCCUCCCUCCGCCAUCUCAGUACCCUCGACCUCAGCUUCAACCUCCUCUCCGGCCAGAUCCCCCCCGCGAUCGCCGCCAUCCCGGCUCUCUCCAACCUCGUCCUCUGCCGCAACCGCCUCUCCGGCCGAAUCCCUCCCUUCCCCCUCUCCUCUCCUCUCCUCCGCCUCGAUCUCAAGUGGAACUCCCUCUCUGAAGGGAUCCCCGCCCUUCCGCCUUCUCUCCGCUACCUGUCCCUCGCCUCCAACCGCCUCUCUGGCCCGGUCGACCGCGUCCUCCCCCGGCUCGCCCGGCUCAACUACCUCGACCUCAGCAUGAACCAGCUCUCCGGCCCGAUCCCCGGCCAAAUCUUCUCCUUCCCCAUCUCCUCCCUCCAGCUCCAGCGCAACGACUUCUCCGGCCCGGUUCGGCCGGUUGGUUCGAUGCCGGCCGGGGCGACGGUGGAUUUAAGCUAUAACCGGCUGAGCGGGACGGCGCCGGCGGCGCUGGCGGCGGCGGAGAGGUUGUAUCUGAAUAAUAACGGGUUUUCCGGCAAUGUGCCGGCGACGUUCGUGGACAGAGUGGUGGCGGGAGCGAUCAGGGUGCUCUAUCUGCAGCAUAAUUACUUGACGGGGUUUGGGAUCAACCCGGCGAAGACCAUUCCGGCGCGCACGUCGCUGUGUUUGCAGUAUAAUUGCAUGGUGCCGCCUGUGGACACGCCGUGCCCGGUGAAGGCCGGCAGGCGGAAGACGCGGCCGGCGGCGCAGUGUGGAUGGAGGAAGGGGUGA